UCUAAUUAUAAUGUAAAAUAAUCAGCAAAAAGAUGAUGAAAAAUUUAAAUAUUUGUUUCUGUAUUUCUUCGACAUUAUUAAUCUUUGUAUUUUUAGAUAUUCCUGUUAUACCAGAUUUGGAUGAAAUUCAGGAAGAUAAUAUUCCAUCCGAGAUUGCAAGUGCUCCUACAAUCAAUGCAAAUAGAAUGACUGCUUACGAGGAAUUGGAUACUGAUUUGGUGAAAAAUGCAGCAUUUACAUCAUUGGAUGGUAUCAGUCUUUCUCUUCUCGCAGACAAACUGUACAAUGAAAAUUUAGUGAAGGAACCCGAUGAAGUUUGGAAUUGGAAUCUUCUUUUUACACAAAUUUCUUCUGAGAUUAAUAGCGAAGCGCAGGAAAAAAUUAAAAGUUGAAGCUAUGAAAAAUUAUAAAUUAUUAGUGUUUUUAUACUUGAAAAAUAAAAAAAUAAAGCUUUAUAUAUAAUAAUGAAUAUUUUGGCUGCAUCCUUAAGUUUUAUUUUUCAAUAUAUGAAGAUCCUACAGGAACGAUCCAAUCACAUAAUUAUAACCCAACUUUUCAAAUAAAAGUCUACAAAGAUUUGCAAUAUUUUCGAAACAAAACAACUUAUUAAUUACUGAACAUAAAUUUUCAUAAAUUUUAAAGAGAAAUUAGAGGUAAAGGAAGGAAACAUAAAAAAUAUAUUGUGGUUAAAUACAAAAAAUG